AUGGCUACUGUAAACAAAACACUUCACACUCUUGUUUUCUUAGUACUCUUGGCUCUUGGGAUAGGCUCUGCCACAAGUAGGGUUUUGCUUACUUAUGAUGGCAUUGGAGGUGGUAGUGGUGGCGGCUCCGGUGGUGGUGGUGGUUAUGGACUUGGUGGGGAUCAUGCUGGUGUUGUUGGUUAUGGAGGUGGGAGUGGUGGUGGAGAAGGUGGAGGAGUAGGAUAUGGUGGUGCUGGUGGUGGACAUGGUGGCGGUGGAGGAGGCGGAGCUGGGUAUGGUGCUGGGGGUGAUCAUGGUAUUGUAUAUGGCAGUGGUGGUGGUGAAUAUGAGGGACAGCCAGGUGGUGGGUACGGAGGAGGAGAAGGAGGUGGGGCCGGUGGUGGUUAUGGUGGCGGUGCAGAACAUGGAUAUGGAGGAGGUGGUGGUAGUGGUGGUGGUGGUGGAGCUGGGUAUGGUGCAGGUGGAGCUCAUGGGGCAGGAUAUGGUUCUGGAGGAGGAGCUGGUGGAGGAUAUGGUGGUGCAGGUGAGGAACAUGAUAGUGGUUAUGGGAGCGGCGGCGGCGGAGGGUCAGGAGGAGGUUAUGGUGCUGGUGGAGACCAUGGUGCAGGUGGUUAUGGGGGUGGUGAAGGAGGAGGAUCAGGGGGAGGCUAUGGUGGUGGUGCUGGUGGAGAGCAUGGCAUUGGUUAUGGAGGCGGUUCAGGUGGUGGAUCCGGUGGAGGAUAUGGUGGUGCUGCUGGAGAACAUGGCAUUGGCUAUGGAGGAGGUGGCGGAAGUGGUGGUGGGGGUGGUGUAGGGUACGGUGGUGCUGGAGGAGCACAUGGAGGUGGCUAUGGAAGUGGUGGCGGAGCUGGUGGAGGCGGUGGAGCAUACGGUGGUGGUGCUUAUGGUGGCGGCGCUGGUGGUGGCUCUGGUGGAGGUGGUAGUUAUGGGGCAGGCGGUGCACAUGGUGGUGGUUAUGGAGGAGGUGGUGGAAGUGGGGGUGGUCAUGGUGUCAAGUUGAGGAGUGUGUCAGAUAAUGGGAGUGAAAUUAGCUUUGAUAAUUCGGUUCUCUUCUACAUGGUGAUUAUAGGUGGAUGGGGUGAAGCACUGGCUUUGUUUGAUGAGUUAGAGUUGUUGCGAAGUUAUAAUAGUGAUAUGUCUGUGUUUAUUAUCCCUGUUUUUUAUCGUGGUGGGAGACUCAAUAAAGAUUCAAAUGGAGUGUUACGGUACGUAGAUGGAAAGAUUGAGAAAUUUUCAUCUAUGGAUGUUGAUUUUGUCAACAAGAAGGAUUUGGAAGAACUCUUCAGAGAAUUAGGUUAUCCAGAAUACAAAGAAAUUUACUGA